ACAAUAUGGCGGUUCUAUAAUUUGCAAAACAUUAUUAUUAUAGGUUUUAUUGGCUACUUAGCCGGUACAGCAUUAACUGAAUUGCUGGAAUAAGGUUUGUUAUAACAAUACUGCAGUAUCGUUUAAUCUGAAAAGAUAAAAUAUGCCGCCUAAAAAGAAAAAGAGUGGAAAGAAGAAGAAGAGCGGAAAGAAAUCAGCGAGAGGAUCCCCAACAAAAGUGGGGCCAGAUAUCAAUGAGCUGUCGAAAGAAUACUUCCUUAUUCAGAUUCGGGAUCUUGAAAAUAGGCUUGCAAGAUAUCAAAAGAAGUGUGAUGAACUUGAGGUGGCCAAUGGACAGUUUCAAGAAAAAUUUGAGCAGAUGGCCAAAGACAAGAAGGAGAUUGUGGCCUUCUGGAAAAAACAAGUGGAACAGAGAACUGAUGACAUAGCUGACCUCAAUGAUCGCCUCAUUGGUCUUCAACAAGCUAAAGAUGCUGAGAAAGAGCAGUACGAGUCUGAACUAGUGAAACUCAGAAAUGAGUUCCAAGAAACUAAGGACCAGCUUACCUCGGAAAAUAUGAUCUUAAAUGGUAAACUGGCUUCCCUGGAGGAGUUUAAGGUACAGAAGGAGGACCUUAUGAACAAAUUUGCCAUGAUGGAAGCGGAGCUAGCACAGAAGGAACAGGAACACAAAGAUGAAAUAUACAGACUAGAGAGAAAACAAGUCAUUGAUAAAGAUAUGCUCAAGAAAAAAAUGGUGAAUAGAGUGAAUCAGGUAGCUUCGGAGUUCAGGAAAGUUUCAAACAAGCAGAUGGCAGAGACGACAAAACGUACAAUCAGAGACAAUGUUUCUAUAAACGCUCAACUAGAUAAAAUGUCUGAUAAAACAACAGAGUUAAUUGCGGAGAAUGAUGAACUACGGAAGAAGAAUAAAGAGCAGAGACAAAAGAUUGAGAUGCUGGAAGAAAAUGAAAAAGAAAUUCUCAAGAAAAAUCACAGUAAUCAAAAGAUAAUAAAGAUGUUAACGGAGAAAUGCCGGAACCAGGAAGCUAUGAUAGAGGAGUUUGAACUGAGGGAACAAGAGUAUCAGGAAGUGAUGUCAGAGACCGAGAUGCUUCGAUCACAGACAGAAUCUAUGAAGGAAGAGAUUGAUCGUAUUAACAAAGACAAUGACAACCUCGAAUUUGAACUGAGAACAGAAACUGAUAAAGUAACAACAGAGGUGAAAAAUAGGAAGAAACUGGAACGAGUGUUGAAGGAUGCUGCAGGGGCUCUUAAAAUGGCACUUAGAAAAGAUGAUCCCGACACUUAUGAUGAGAGUGACAUGAAUGAAGUGGAACGUCGAGACAAUAUGCUGGAAUAUCUUCUCAUACUUCUCAACAGUGCGGCGGCCAUCGGUGUUGGGCCACAGCCUGGUGAGAUAGGGAAACAGUUUGUAGUCAGGAAGAAAAGUGCUGGUGAGAUGCCAGGAAAACAGGGCAUUAGAAAAGGGGAGCUUCCGGUGGUGUCCGGUCCAGGUACUCUUGCUCACUAUCAGCUGGGUGACCUUGGUUUGAUACCCAGACCCAAACAACCUAUACCAACCAGUAUGGAUAAAAUGAGAGUUCUGUCAGCGACUACUCGGCUUGGCGGACUGAGGAAGGUUCUAUGUAGAUCUGUUGGUGUUCAAACUGUCAGUGCUCCUAAGGCAAUGUUCUAUGCAGACCAGUUAUUAAGCCGGGCACCAGCUUCAACACAGGAAGCAGUUCUUCAUGACCUGCAACCACCUGAGCGAUCCAGAGCAUCCCCAUUAUUACUAGGACCCAUUACUCCGACUAGAAAAAUGGCGGGGAAAGUUAUGUGAUUGCAAAAGACAAAUUAAACCUUUACAACACUUUUAAAAUACAAUGUUUUGGCUGCAGUUACAUAAGAUGUGAGUAUUUGAAGGCACGGAGCCUCAUAUACAUGUAUCUGCUAAAUAAAAUUGGUAAAAAAAAAGAGUUUUUUAGUAGAUAAAAGUCAAAGAAAACAGUGAUAUUUUCUCGGAAGCUGAGCAGAUGGUAAUAUAAGUCAUGAAAUGUGUUUAACUUAAGAAAUGUCUGUUUGAAUAUAAGUUUUAUAGAUUCAAGGAAAAAAAUUUACACAUUGCCAAACUGGUUAAAUUGAAUAUGCAGUUUUGCAUUUAAACUGAAAACUGUCACAUGCAAAAUUUUAUUUAUUCAAAGAUAUAAAUGUUUGUUUGUAUGGAUAAAGCAUCUGUGAUAUUUGUUAGAGAAAAUUGUGAAAAAUCUGUAUUUAUCUAAACCUAUCAGUAUCAUAUGAAUGAGAGGUGGAACUACAAAGUCACCUUAGUGCAGAAAUGGGUUAAGUCCUUCUAUAUGUUAUAGGAGUUAACCAGUUAUUGCACUAAGGUGAUCACAUAUAACAUGACUUUUGCCCUUUAACAUUGUGAAAAAUGGUGUAAACUGCCAAUGUAGAGACAGUUUAGUAUACACUUUUUUAAAAUCUGAUGAGAUUUUACUGUUGAAUGUUUUAUUUUACUAAAAUAAAUCUGGAUAUUGAAGUUCCCUAUACUUUACAGGGUGUGAUUCCAUAUUAGAAUCUAAACAAGUAUAAAACACGAAAAUGUAUAAAAAAAUAUCAGUGUAGAUGUAGAUACUGACAAGACUUGAGAGUGUUGAAGCAUCAUUUUUUUAAGUACAUUAUAUUUUGAUAUUUAAGUUGAACAUCCCCAAAAACAAAUGCACGAGUAUUUCUAAAAGUUCAAAAUUCAAGAAGUUAAUCAUACAAAAGGAACAGAGUAAUGGUCAAAUAAAUACCCUAAUUCACAAGUAGCAUGAUUGUAUAUGUUUGAUUUUGUGACACUCGAUGUUUUAAGUAAAUCAAAUGUUGACUAAUGUUAUAAGAUUUGGUGUAUAGAAGAAGAAUAUGAUGCUUGUACAAUUUUUGUUCUACUGUAAAAUACACAUGUCACUUGUUAUUUCUAUUUUUCACAUCUUGUUCUUAAAAAAAGUGCUUUCAAUAGCACUCGAUAGAGAAAAUAAUUGUUGGAUUUGUAAAAGAGUAAAUGAACUAUAAUCCUUUUUCUUAGAAAAAGAGUUAUCGUUCAUUUACAGUCAGAAAUUCUAAAGAGAUAAAUGAAAAUGUGUUGAUAUGUUUUAAAAUUGUUAUAAUUUAAAAAAAGAAAGAUUCUGUUGUAACUUGCUAUGCAUCUUUUUUUAAACAGAUUUGUGAAUUUGACAAUUAAUACAAAAUAAUGCACUGUUUCUUAUUUUUUCUAAAGAAAAUAGAAAUUUAUAAAUUUAUCACUCAUAGAUAUAAAUAAUGAGUUAAACUAAAAAAGUGUUGGAGCACCACAGUAAAUACUGUUUUCCGGUAUAUACCGAACAAGGCACUUGAAUGAUUAAAUGCCAAAAUCUCGCCUUUUCACCCAACGGAAUAGCUCUUUAAAACAUCCAAUUCAUCUCUUCACACUGAUUUAUAUAAGACGAUGAAUGAAAAAUGUAAGAAUCAGUGGAAAAAAAACCCGAUAUUUGUCUAUUUUGUGAUCAUGAUUUCAUCAAGCGUCUAGAGGGAUUGCUCCAACAUUGCAUUGAGUUAAUUCCAUAAAUAAUUGAGCCGUGUCAUGACAAAACCAACAUAAUGGGUUUAUGAUCAGCAUGGAUCCAGACCAGCCUGCGCAUCCGCACAGUCUGAUCAGGAUCCAUGCUUUUUGCCAUCAGUUUCUUUUCUUGUUAUAGGGUUUGUAAGCGAACAGCAUGGAUCCUGAUCAGACUGCGCGGAUGCGCAGGCUGGUCUGGAUCCAUGCUGGUCGCAAACCAAUUAUGUUGGUUUUGUCAUGACGCGGCUCAAAUGAUUGAUAGGUUUGUUACACUGAAUGACACAGAUUUGUUUACUGUGAUAUAUGAAAUUUUUUUUUAAGUAAUUUUUAAUCAUGUAAGAUUGCUAUUCAAAUUCAUGUUUCUAUUUUUAGUUAUUGUCUUAUUGUUGUAUGAUUAUUCUUAAAGUAUACAGUAAUGUAUGCUUCAAAUAAAUAAAGUACAAAAAUGA